AUGGCCUCUUACGCCGUCAAGGACCACUCCUCCGCCGCGUCGAUGCCCUCGUCGACGUCGGCCCAGCAAUUCCACAAUUUCUCCCCCGUUACCCUGUUCUCGUUUACUUCCAAUGGGUCGGCAACAUGGAUGUAUACCACUGUUGCCAUCGUCUUGUCGCUCCUCGUGCUGGAGCAGUCCGUCUACCGAUACAAGAAGCGGCAUUUACCUGGCGAUAAAUGGACGAUACCUAUCAUCGGCAAGUUCGCCGACUCUAUGAAGCCCACCAUGGAGGGCUACAUGAAGCAAUGGAACUCUGGUGCUCUAAGUGCCAUCAGCGUCUUCAACAUUUUCAUCGUCAUGGCCUCAUCCAACGAAUACUCGCGCAAAAUCUUGAACUCUCCAAUGUAUGCUGAGCCAUGCUUGGUCCAUUCCGCCAAAGCCAUCUUGCAGCCUGAUAACUGGGUUUUCCUCACGGGCAAGGAGCACGUUGAAUUCCGCCGCGUCCUUAACACGCUCUUCACGCGUAAAGCACUAGGCAUCUACGUCAACAUUCAGGACGCCAUCACUCGCAAGCAUUUCACUGAAUGGCUUGCCGCGGCGGCCAAGGACCCCAAUCCCCAGCCCAUCAUGAUGAUCUCGCGCCAUUUGAACAUGGACACUUCCCUUCGUGUAUUCUGCGGUAAUCACAUCCCUGAUCAAGCCUCCAUUGAAAUCAGUGAAAAGUACUGGGCCAUUACCCAAGCCCUUGAACUCGUCAAUUUCCCACUCGCCAUCCCUGGCACCAAGGUCUACAAGGCCAUCCAAGCACGGAAGAUUGCGAUGAACUGGCUCGAACUCGCCGCCCGCAACAGCAAGAUCGCUAUCGCCAACGGUGCCGAGCCCGAAUGUUUGAUCGACCACUGGAUGUCCACUAUAUCCGAACCAUCGUACAAAGGCCGUAAGGAUUUGAGCGACCGCGAGAUCGCCAUGGUCGUCUUCUCCUUCCUCUUCGCCUCGCAGGAUGCCAUGAGCAGCGGCUUGAUCUAUGGAUUCCAGCAUCUUGCUGACCACCCGGACAUCUUAGCCAAGGUUAGGGAAGAGCAGGAGCGCGUCAGACAAGGACACUACGACAACCCAAUAACCCUUGAGCAACUCGACCAGAUGCCAUACCUGCAGGCUUUCGUCAAGGAAAGUCUGAGAGUUAAGCCUCCUGUCACCAUGGUUCCCUACAAAACCACUAAGGCCUUCCCCAUCUCCGAUGACUACGUUGUUCCAAACGGAAGCAUGCUCAUCCCGUCGUUCUACAAUUCCCUCCAUGAUCCUGAGGUGUUCCCCGAGCCUGACGUCCUGAAUCCCGAUCGCUGGCUCGACCCCAAUAGCAGCGCCAACGCCAACCCGAAGAACUACAUGGUUUGGGGUGCUGGCCCACAUCGCUGUAUCGGUGUGGAGUACGCCACGAUGAACAUCGCUCUUGUGCUCGCCGUUGCUUGCAUGUCGUUCGACUUCGAGCAUCACGUUACGGAGAAGAGUGAUAAAGUAGAAAUCAUCGCCACGCUCUUCCCUAAGGACGGGUGUCUUCUCAAACUUACUCCCCGCCCAUGA